AUGGUCCACCCGGAUUCUUUUCAACCGACCGACAGGUCAGGACCUUCUGUCAUCGUACCUCCUAAGUUACACGAAACCAGCGCACCGACGGUUUCGAGUGACAAUGAAGUUUCUUCAGUUCAGUCCAAUAGCCCUGCAGAAUGGAAUCUUUACUCCCCACCUUUAUCAACAGGACGGUGCUCGACGGAUAUAAAGCAUGCGGCACCUCUCCAGCAUCAGUCCACCCCGUCGCGCCCUCAACCAUCGUUGCAAAUACGUACAGAUUUGGCGGAUUCGAGUCAACCGAGCCCUUCUAAAGAUUCGGACCCCUUCAUGCACCGUAGCAUCUCGUCUAGCAGCCUUCCACAUCGAACGCCCAGCUUACGCGGCUUGUUUGCCGGAUCUCUUCCCAGUGGCAGCUCAUUAUCACCUGGCUCGGUUUUCUCUUCUCCACAAUUGUUGGCCAUGGGGGAUAUUACUCCCUUGCCAUCACCGAUUAAUAGUACUUCGCCAUGGGGCCGUCGCAACUCGCAGUCGCUCUCACGCACUCCAUCUUCGGCUUCGAGAAAGGGGUCAAGUUUGAGUUUGCGACUGAGUGAUUCGUCGCAUAUGUUAGGUCCAUCUGAAUCUCGAUCACGAAACAGGCAAUACACCCAUUUGAAUAGAUCGGGCAGCGAAAAAUAUUCUGAAACAGCAAGCAAAGAGAGUGCGCCGAAGCAUGCGCGCAACCGUAGUUUAAGUGACUACGUCCCUCCGGGUAAAGGCGUACCGGUUAAACCUCGUCUGAUUGUGGUAUCGGGAAGCGGCGGGUCUCAAGUGAUUUCGUCAUCCUCCGGCAUCGACUCAAAAGCGAACAACCUACAUCGUGAACAGUACUUGGCUGUCCACCGCGGGAUAGCAUUGCCGGCGGCUCGGCCCCCAAGCCCACCAAGGAGCAGGCGCAGCCCUGAUGGUGUUGAGCACGACGGACCCGUUAUUAGCUACCCGCCAUUGGCUGAUGGGCAGGACGAAAUCUAUUCGGUGCGGUCUGUUCGCACUCAGCAGCCUCGGAUUUAUCGCAAGUUACGUCAAUUAGGGCAUGGUGCUUUCAGCCAAGUCUGUCUUGCAGUACGUACAGAGGUGCACGAGGAAAGUGACAUUUAUAAUGGCUCCAGCCUUCAGGGUGUAAAUGCUACAAUGCAGAAGCUGGUAGCUGUGAAGAUCAUUGACCAUGGGCCUGCUGGUGGGGCGGACGAAGAGCGAUUGGAGGUGUCACUCAAGCGCGAGGUUGACAUCCUUAAGUCGAUCAACCACCCGUCUCUUGUACAACUUAAGGCCUUCGGGAGUGAUGAGAAGCGCGCCCUUCUGGUCUUGGACUAUUGCCCUGGAGGUGAUCUUUUUGAUGUCGCUUCGUCUGGCCCGAGGUCCAUGAGUCCCGAACUCAUCCGGCGCAUAUUCGCGGAAUUGGUUGCCGCUGUGCGCUACCUUCAUACGAAUUACAUUGUCCACCGCGAUAUCAAACUUGAAAAUGUUCUUGUUAACCUCAGCACACCCGCUAUGGAGGAAAUUACCGACUGGCGCACGCAUGAUCGGGCUGUUGUUACCCUAACCGACUUGGGUCUCUCAAGACGGAUACCUGAACCUCCCGAGAGUCCGCUUCUCCACACCCGGUGUGGAAGUGAAGACUAUGCAGCACCCGAGAUCCUAAUGGGGCAGCCUUACGACGGACGCUCGACAGAUUCUUGGGCUCUUGGUGUUUUGCUUUAUGCCAUGAUGGAGAAUCGACUACCUUUUGAUGCGCUCCCCGGCACUCGAGGCGAUCCUGCUAAGCUUCGAGCUAGGACCCCUCAUCGCAUUGCGCGAUGUGAAUGGUCCUGGUAUCGCUAUGCCGACAGUGAUGGCGAAUGGGAUUCUGAGAAAGGAAAAGAGAUGGAAGGGGCCCGCGAUUGUGUUGAGGGUCUCUUGAAACGCAAUACCAAACGGAAGACUCUAGACGAGAUUGCAUCACUGGGGUGGGUGAGAGACGCGAUUGAUGUGCCCGCGGGACUGAAACGAGGCGAUAAAGAAGUACCUUAG